AUGUUACUGUCUGACAGUCCCCCGUCCAUACUUCAUCCUGUGUUCAAUGACAUACACCCGUUUCCCCCGCUCCCCGACAUCAACAAGGAGAGCAUCAGGACACAGGUGUUUACGCAUCGCUCGUAUUACGGAAGACCGAAUCAUGUCUUCGAGGACCAUCCCCAGGACCCGAGUCCAGACAAUGAAAAAUAUGAGCAUCUUGGGGACACUGUGUUAGGUCUGGUGGUGACCAAGCUCCUUCUGGAGAUGUACCCAAACUUACGGGUUGGGCCGUCUACGAAAAUCCGAGCACUGGUCGUAGGCAACUCAACUCUUGCUGAUGUUUCCCGUAAGUACGACCUUCCAGCAAGACUGCGCUUGCAUCCCGCGCAGGCGAUUACCCUGCGCGCUUCUGUCAACAUUCAAGCCGACGUCUUCGAAUCUUACGUGGGCGGGCUCUAUCUCGAACAGGAUCUGGAAGGCGUCCAGCCAUGGCUCAAAGCCCUGUUUGGACCCUACGCAACUGAGGCGUACAAGCGAGUGCGCGAGCAACAUCGUCUCCCACCCCUUCCGCCGACUGCGCUUGUCGCGCCCCACUCAGUUCUGUCCUCACCCCCACCCUCGCCCCCCCAGCCCCGCCCAAGUGCCACGCCCACUACCAUAGGGCACCUCGCGCUGUUCAACCAACAGCUCCAGAAGGCUAACAGGAUAGUCGAGUGGAUCUAUGCAGACGGCACUGGCGAGGGUACGAAGACGACCCCAAUUUGGAUUGUGAGAUGCGAGGUCGACGGGGAGGAUUACGGUCGCGGGCAAGGUGGGACCAAGAAAGCCGCCCGGAACGAGGCCGCCAAAGAGGGUCUGAAGAAGAUGGGCAUCGAAGUCUGA